UGCGUAAAGGACCAAUGAACGGGGGAGUGGGCGGGCCAUAGGCCAGAGACUCGGUUUCCGGUUCCGGCCGUCCUUGGUCAGUCCGCUUUUGUGCUACGUGUCGCUGGCGUCUGAGAGUUUGCCGGGCAGGCAUCAUGGAUCAGGUAAUGCAGUUCGUUGAGCCGAGUCGGCAGUUUGUGAAGGACUCAAUUCGGCUGGUCAAAAGGUGCACUAAACCUGAUAGAAAAGAAUUCCAGAAGAUUGCCAUGGCAACAGCAAUAGGAUUUGCUAUAAUGGGAUUCAUUGGCUUUUUUGUGAAAUUGAUCCAUAUCCCUAUUAAUAACAUCAUUGUUGGUGGCUGAAUACCUUUUUAGAAGAGUUUUUCAUCUUGGGGAUUGGUGAAUAAGUGAGGAUUUGAGAAGCUCAUGGAGUAAAAAUCUGUCUAUAUGUUUUGUGUUUUUCUUUCUUUUUUUGCCUUCCAAGAUGUUUUGUAUUUGUAAAUUAAAACAAUUUCAAAAUAAAAA